AUGGGAUCUUUAAACACAAGAAAGAAUAAACCACAUGUUGUGUGCAUCCCAUAUCCAGCACAAGGUCACAUAAACCCAAUGCUCAAACUAGCUAAACUUCUUCAUUUCAAAGAUCAUUUUCAUGUCACCUUUGUUAACACUGAAUACAAUCACAAACGUCUUCUCAAAUCUAGAGGUCCUAAUUCUCUUAACGGUCUCUCCUCUUUCCGUUUUGAAACUAUUCCUGAUGGUCUACCUGAGACCGACGUGGAUGUCACACAGGAUAUCCCUUCCCUGUGCGACUCCACUAAAAGAACUUGCUUACCUCACUUUAAAAAACUUCUUGCCAAACUCAAUAAUGCUAUCGACACCCCUCCUGUUACUUGCAUAGUUUCUGAUGGUGUUAUGAGCUUUACUUUGGAUGCUGCUCAAGAACUUAAUAUCCCAGAAGUGCUUUUCUGGACAACUAGUGCUUGUGGCUUCAUGGCAUAUACGCAAUAUAGUCAACUCGUUGAAAGAGGCUUAACACCACUCAAAGAUUCGAGUUAUAUGACAAAUGGAUAUUUGGAAACUACCAUAGAUUGGAUACCAGGCAUUAAAGAAAUACGGUUAAAGGAUAUCCCAAGCUUCAUCAGAACUACAGAACCAAAUGAUCUUAUGCUUGAUUUUUUAUCAGGUGAGUGCGAAAGAGCUGAAAAAGCUUCGGCAAUUAUUAUUAACACUUUUGAUGAUUUGGAACAUAAUGUUUUGGAAGCAUUCUCUUCGUUGAAUUUUCCUCCUGUUUAUUCCAUUGGUCCCUUGCAUUUACUCUUAAAAGAAGUGACUAAUAAGGAACUUAAUUCAUUUGGUUCUAACCUUUGGAAGGAGGAGCCAGAGUGUUUAGAAUGGUUGAACAACAAAGAACCAAAUAGUGUUGUUUAUGUUAAUUUUGGAAGUAUCACAGUUAUGACAAAUGAACAGAUGAUUGAGUUUGCUUGGGGAUUAGCAAAUAGUAAAAUACCAUUUUUAUGGGUAAUAAGGCCUGAUCUUGUAACUGGCGAAAACUCAGUUCUUCCUCAAGAGUUUCUGGAGGAAACAAAAAAUAGAGGAAUGUUGUCAAGUUGGUGUCCACAAGAGGAGGUUUUGGAUCAUUCAGCAAUUGGAGGUUUUUUGACACAUAGUGGUUGGAACUCAACGUUGGAAAGUGUGUGCGGCGGUGUUCCGAUGACAUGUUGGCCUUUCUUUGCGGAACAACAAACUAAUUGUAGAUUUUGUUGUCAUGAAUGGGGAAUUGGUUUGGAGAUUGAAGAUGCUAAGAGGGACAAGAUUGAGAGUCUCGUGAAGGAGAUGAUGGAAGGAGAAAAAGGUAAAGAGAUGAAAGAAAAAGCUUUGGAAUGGAAGAAAUUGGCACAAAACGCUGCUUCAGGUCCAAAUGGUUCAUCGUUUAUGAAUCUUGAGAAGAUGUUCCGUGAUGUUCUUCUGUGA